GUGACAUGUUCCAUCGGAGCGUGAAUCCUGAGUUUACACAAACCAUUCAUGACUAUGAUUACGAGAUUCGUUAAAAAUUAAAAAUUCAAAAUGUCGGACUAUUUUAAUAUGAGUGCGAGCAAAAUGAGUGAAGGCCCAGAGAUUCAAUUAUUCAAGGAUACGGGGAAAGAACAAUUAUUGAAAUAUCAACUUAUUGCUUACAUACUCGGAACAUUGAUUGUUUUAAGCAAUCUUGUCGUCGUUGUAUCGAGCGGAUUGAUACUAAAAAAAGGUCAGAAACCAAAGAGCACGUACCUUCUGCUGGGCAAUGUCUCGCUUGCCGACACAAUUGUCGGCUUUUCCCUUAUAUUCGGAAUGUCUAUGGAGAACACCAUAAGUUCUAAUGUACUAUGCAUCUUUCAAAUUGGUAUGCUUGCUUGCCCUGUGAUGGUGUCACUAUUCAGUGUUGGUCUAAUAGCUGUCGAUCGCUAUAUCUACAUUCUGCACGGCUUGUACUACGGAAGAUGGUUCAAUACAAAAAGAGUAAGAAUCGGUAUACUCUGCACGUGGAUUAUUAGUCUCACUUUGGGAUUCUUGCCUGCGACCGGCUGGAAAAACGAGGAGCUUUUGUAUACAAGGUGUUAUUAUGUAGCACUGUUUCCUGGUAUCUUAGUGUUGCUGAACUCUGUCCUUAGCAUCAUUCCAAUUAUUGUUGUGGCAGUGCUGUACUCUAUUAUACUGUUUAGAGCUUUGAAAAACGUGAAGAAUCUUAAGGCCGCGAAAAACGAUGAAAACCCAAAACUGGAAACACCUAAACUUAGAAUGUAUCGUGGAACCGUUAACGAGAAUAAAGUAAAAACACAGUUCUGUAGGAGUUCAACUAGUGUAAGCGAUAUUAGCGUUCACAGGAGCUCUUCGUUUCAUUUAAGUCAAACAAAUCAAAAUCCAAAGUCGAGAAUUAAAAUAUCUACAAAAUCCAAAAGCAUCGAUGAUCUCACAAGUGACAAUGCAAACAUUCUACACGACUACCGUGACAGUAAAAAUAAUGAUGGCCGAACGCACGAAUCUGGACACGAAUCCAAGUUCAGUGUUUACACUGUAGAAUCGAAUCUUUCUGAUAGAAACUCAUCGCUUGCUGACGCAAAUAAUACAUCGGAUUUGGAGAUCAAUGUAAACAACAGAUCUAAUAGUAAUGUUAAAUCGAAAGAGCCAAACAAAUGGAGGGCUAUAACCGUUGUAAUGUUAACAUCCGGAAGUUUUAUAGUUACGUGGCUUCCUUUCUUUGUGGCCGUAAUAUUAUUUGUGUUUUGCGAAGACAAGCUGAAGAAUCAAAAAUGUAUUGAAAUACGACGUUUGAUUGAAGGCCCUCUUGCUACUUUAGCAUUUGUUAACAGUAUUCUGAAUCCACUGAUAUACGCUUGGUGGCAUAAAGGAUUCCAGAGGUCGGUGCGUGCUUACUACCAUAAAUAUGUACACAAAUUCACGUGCUAUUUCGGUAGAUGAUGUAGAUAUUAAGAUAUUAUGGCUAUUUUAAUUUGUUAUUUAUUCAACCACGAAGCCACGGGAAUACUGUAGUGUGUUAUUUAAGGUGCAAACCAUGACACGUGGAAAACGUAAAAGUAAGCAUUAUGUGUGUUAUGUAUUGUUGAAAUACCAACAAAAUUGUGAAAAUAAA